AUGGCAAGUAUUACCGCGGUCUUGAAUCAGAAUACGUUGUUCUUCUCUCGACGGUUGGUCGAUGAUGGCACCUGGUCGCUCUUGUUAUCUUUUGCGCGAGAUAUCUGGUGCCAGGCAGUUCGAGAAGCUUCCCUUCAACUUACUCAGGACCUUGCAAUACCUAUUGGCUUCAGUAACCUUCCUUUAGAGCAACAAGUGCCUAUUGAAUUCACUGUAACGCGGAUCUCGGGUCUCAUAGACACCAGCGCUUUCAUCCCACGGUUCGCCAACGGAUAUAAUGAUAAGCAUGCCUUCCGUGCCUACAACCACUCCUCUCGCAACAUCAAAGGGACUUACCGCAGGAAUACACCACUGAGGAAGUCGUGGUACCGAAAAUGUAGCAUCUUCACCGAAAUUUCCGUUGUCGAAUAUCUGGAGUACGUGUUUGGCAACAACGGGUUCCAUGAUCACCUAUCUUCUGACACACUUAUCGGGUGGAAUGCGCCUGAAGGCUGUGGGAGUGCUUGCAACUAUACAAUUGAGUAUGCCGCACCGGCUCUACGAUGUUCGGACAUUGACCAAGACGAGAUACUUGAUGAUCAUUCUUCUGACCUCUCUAACCAUUCUGCCGUGCUUCUGAGUGUAAACGUCACCAUAGAUACCGAGGCUUGGAAGACGUACCAUGGUUCCCAGAACAUCACUGUUUCCGGUGUCCGCUUCUCUCUCUAUAACACCACCCAACAAGCUGUAGUUUCGUUUGCCAACAACACAGCGAUCAUCUCUCCAAGUGUCAUUUCCUACCCGUUCUCUCUCCUUGACCACGACUCGGACUGCGAAGGAAUCGACAGCGGUAACACUCCGAAUCCCUUUAAUAUGACACGCGCUAGAGGAGAUCCUGGUGAAUGCGACGAUUGCGCUGAUAAGUUCAGGGGAAGCUAUGACGAUAGUGGAGGCAUCGGUUGCGCGAGAUCAGAUCGUGUGGGUAUAUCAGUGUACGGCUGGAUGUGGUAUAGCGGGGUUGGCCUGUAUGGUAAAGAAUAAGGAGAUGGGGAUUCUCAGCUAUCGUUAGGGCAACUAGGAACGAGGAUUUGGAUUGUGUUUUUGGUGAUGAGGAUGUGAAGGAUGACGCAGUGUUGCAGUAUGGGUCAAAGAGGAAGGAUGACCUAGGUCAUUUUCGCAUAUUUGAAUUAGCACAGUAGCAGCGGCACACAUGAUUCAUGAAAACACCCAGUGGAUGAAGUCUACGACGAGAGAAACCGGUGUGGAGAAGUCAACCGUCGGAUGUUCAUUUAGGCGCAGUUGUUCUAGUUGCCUGAAGUUCCAAUGAGACAAGAAGAUACUGGGCAUCCAAAAAUGUUGGUGAUGAGACACGUUAGCAAGGAAUCUGC